AUGUGUCUUGAACCAAUCUCUCUCGUGGUUUUGGGAUCACUGGUAUUUUACUUUGGCCUCGUGAAGUAUUUUAGACGUAUAGAAGGGCUAAGAACUACUGCCGUUUUGCAAACAGAGUGCAAGGGGAAGAAGUGUUGUUGCAGUGAACAAGAGGAAAAAAUGAGUGAACUAGCUAACGUAAAUGAUGUCCCAACGAAGAUAAGAAACCACAGGUACCCCGCGAAAGAGCAUAACCUGAGAGUUAAGGACUUGUUGCUUACUCGUAAUUCAAGGCUAUCUGAGGGGUCUACAGCAUUUUUUAUUGCCGGGGAGGAAUUGGAAGGAAACAAGUAUUGUGACACCACCAGAGAAUUCAGACAAAAUAGAUACUUCUAUCAUUUGUCAGGUGUUGAUAUUCCUGCAUCGGCGUUAUUAUUCAAUUGUAACACUGACAAAUUGACGUUGUUCCUACCUGACAUUGAUGAGGAAGACGUUAUGUGGAGCGGUAUGCCUUUAAGUCUGGACGAAGCAGUGAGAACGUUUGAUGUUGACGAAGCACUGUACAUAUCAGAUUUGGAGUCAAAGUUCAAAGGGCUGCAAAAUUUUACCAUCUUUACAACCGAUCUAGACAAUGUUCGUAAUAAGGACAUUGAGAAAUUGCUAACUCCUUCGGACCCUGAUUUUUUUUAUGCCAUGGACGAAACCAGGGUCAUUAAGGAUUGGUACGAAAUUGAAACCAUAAGAAAAGCUUGCCAGAUUUCAGAUAAGAGUCAUUUGGCCGUGAUGUCUGCCUUGCCUAUCGAAUUGAACGAAUUGCAACUGCAGGCUGAGUUCGAAUAUCAUGCUACUCGGCAAGGUGGUCGCUCAUUGGGUUACGAUCCUAUUUGCUGUUCUGGACCGGCUUGUGGUACGUUACACUACGUCAAGAAUUCCGAAGAUAUCAAAGGGAAACAUUCGAUCUUAAUUGAUGCUGGUGCAGAGUGGAAACAAUAUACGAGUGAUAUCACCAGAUGUUUCCCGACUUCAGGCAAGUUUACUAAGGAACAUCGCGAAGUUUAUGAAACUGUCCUUGACAUGCAGGACCAAGCAAUGAGACAGAUCAAGCCGCGUGCUAAUUGGGACGAUUUACAUGCAUUAACCCACAAGGUCCUUAUCAAGCAUUUCUUAAGAAUGGGCAUCUUCAAAAAAGAGUUCUCUGAAGAUGAAAUCUUCAAAAGAAGGGCAUCUUGCGCUUUUUAUCCUCAUGGGUUAGGUCAUAUGUUGGGCCUUGAUGUACACGACGUUGGUGGUAAUCCAAAUUACGAUGAUCCAGAUCCAAUGUUUAGAUAUUUGAGAAUCCGCCGUACUUUGAAAGAAAAUAUGGUUGUUACCAACGAACCAGGUUGCUAUUUCAAUCAGUUUUUGAUAAGGGAAUUUUUAGGGAAGUACCCGGAAAGAUUGGAACUUGUCGAUAUGGAUGUAUUGAAAAAAUACAUGUAUAUUGGUGGUGUUAGAAUCGAAGAUGACAUUCUUGUCACCAGAGAUGGCUACGAGAAUUUAACCGGUAUAACUUCAGAUCCUGUUGAAAUUGAAAGAAUUGUCCAAAAAGGUUUGAAGAAGACUCGUUCUGGUUUCCACGUUAUAGUCUGA